GAGGCGCGGAGGGCGGAGCCACAGGCCCCGCCCACAGCCUCGGUCCCCUUCCCUCACAGCCCCCGCCCCGCCGCUAGGUCGCCAGCUGGUCCGUGCGCACGCGCGCUCCUCACCCUCGAGCCCGCGGCGCCCUCUCUCGGCCAUACCAGCAGGUGUCACCUGGAAAGAACAGAGGAACACAGCCUCAAGUACCACAAUGUGCCAAGAGGAGUUUGAGCUGGCUUGCACUGCCAUUAAGGAGCUGAAGGGUCCUGUGAGUGACGAGGAGAAACUUCUGGUGUACAGUUACUACAAGCAAGCUACUCAGGGUGACUGCAACAUCCCUGCCCCUCCUGACUCAGACAUGAAAGCCAAGGCCAAGUGGGAGGCGUGGAAUGUGCACAAAGGGAUGUCCAAGAUGGAUGCCAUGAAGGUCUACAUCGUCAAAGUGGAGGAGCUGAAGAAAAAGGAGGCCAGUUAGGGCCACUUUAGCAGGUAGUAGUAGCGUGGCUUCUCGGUAGGCAAUGGGCUUCUUAAAAGAUCUGGAUAGCUGAACUGUCCUGAAAGGGUAGCAAGGUUAGCUAAGACAUCAAUAAAUAAAGCACUUAAGCUGC